CGUCUGAGCUGCACUGCGCCUGCGCCUGACGUCCCUUCCGUUUCUCUUGGCAACAGAGACAAGCGGAGAAGAGACGGAGGAGCCGCAGCAGACAAAAUGGAUGAAGUUGAAGAAACACUGAGGAGAAUUGAAGCCAGUAAAGGUGUGAUUGGAACCAUAGUUGUCAAUGCAGAAGGUAUUCCCAUCAAAACUACUUUAGAUAACCCCACAACUGCUAAAUAUGCAGAACUUCUGUGCCAGCUCUCGACGAUGGCCAGGAACACAGUCAGAGAUAUUGACCCUCAGAAUGACUUCACCUUCCUCCGCAUCCGCUCAAAGAAACAUGAGAUCAUGGUUGCAGUCGAGAACAGCUAUCUGCUGAUAGUCAUCCAGGACCCAUGUGAAUAACUGGCAGGCAUUUCCAUGGGACUCAGCCUUUGUCACAUGGUGGUGUUUUAUCUGGGGAAAAGAUUUUUUCUCUGUGUUAUGCUGCUCCAUGUACUGCGUAAUCCCUCUUUUUCUACUUGGCACUCAUAGCCUUUCAUAAUAUGACACAUUGCUUGUUUUAGUGUCACUAUUUCUUUCAUUUUACUUCUUUGUGUUGACAUUAAAUAAGUCUGUGAAAUAAAGCUGCUUGUCAUUGUGCAAUACUA